GCGCGAUGAGGCGCAGCAAGGCCGAGGUGGAGCGCUAUGUGGCUUCGGCGUUGGGGUCCGCCCCGUCGCCCCGAGAGAAGUCAAUGAAAGGAUUCUAUUUUGCAAAACUGUACUAUGAAGCUAAAGAAUAUGAUCUUGCUAAAAAGUACAUAUCUACAUAUAUUAAUGUGCAAGAAAGGGAUCCCAAAGCCCACAGAUUUCUUGGUCUUCUUUAUGAAGCAGAAGAAAACAUAGAAAAAGCUGUAGAAUGUUAUAAGCGUUCAGUGGAAUUAAACCCAACACAGAAAGAUCUGGUGUUGAAGAUUGCAGAAUUGCUUUGUAAAAAUGAUGUUACUGAUGGAAGAGCAAAAUACUGGGUUGAAAGAGCAGCUAAACUUUUCCCAGGAAGUACUUCAAUUUAUAAACUGAAGGAGCAGCUUUUAGAUUGUAAAGGCGAAGAUGGAUGGAAUAAACUCUUUGACUUGAUUCAAUCAGAACUUUAUGUAAGACCUGAUGAUGUUUACGUCAACAUUCGUCUAGUCGAGCUUUACCGUUCAAAUAAGAGAUUGAAGGAUGCUGUGAUUCACUGCCACGAGGCAGAGAAACACAUAGCUUUGCGUUCAAGUUUUGAAUGGAGUUCCUGUGUUGUAAAGACUCUUAAGGAAUAUCUGGAAUCCUUACAGUGUUUGGAAUCUGAUAAAAGUAACUGGCGAACAACCAAUAAAGAUUUACUUCUAGCUUAUGCUAACCUUAUGUUUCUUACGCUGUCUACUAGAGAUGUACAAGAAAGUAGAGAUUUACUGGAAAGUUUUGAUAGUGUUCUUCAUUCUGUGAAAUCGUGUGUGUGUGGAAAUGAUGAGCUUUCAGCUACGUUCUUAGAAAUAAAAGGACAUUUCUAUAUGCAUGCUGGUUCUCUGCUUUUGAAGAUGGGUCAGAAUAGUGAUGUGCAGUGGCGAGCUCUCUCUGAGCUGGCUGCAUUAUGCUAUCUCAUAGCAUUUCAGGUUCCAAGACCAAAGUUUAAGUUAAUGAAAGGAGAAACAGGACAAAAUUUGCUGGAAAUAAUGGCCUUUGAUCGUCUGAGCCAAUCAGGGCACAUGCUGCUAAACUUAAGUCGUGAUAAGCAAGAGUUUUUAAAAGAAGUUGUGGAAUCCUUUGCCAAUAAAAGUGGACAGUCAGCUUUAUAUGACGCUUUGUUUUCUAGUCAACCAUCAAAGGAUAGAUCUUUCCUGGGUAGUGAUGAUUUUGGAAACAUUGAUGGGCAAGUGCCAGAGCCUGAUGAUUUGGCUAGAUAUGAUCUUGGUGCUAUUCGAGCACAUAAUGGUAGUCUUCAGUAUCUUACUUGGCUUGGCUUACAGUGGAAUUCUUUGCCUUCUUUACCGGCAAUUCGAAAAUGGUUAAAACAGCUUUUUCAACAUUUGCCUCAGGAAACCUCAAGACUUGAAACAAAUGCACCUGAAUCAUUAUGUAUUUUAGAUCUUGAAGUGUUUCUUCUCGGAGUAAUAUAUACCAGCCACUUACAAUUGAAGGAGAAAUCAAAUUCUCAUGGAAGCUUCUAUCAUCCAUUAUGUUUGCCACUUCCUGUGUGUAAACAGCUCUGUACAGAAAGACAAAAGUCUUGGUGGGAUGCAGUUUGUAAUCUAAUCUACAGAAAAGCACUACCCGGAACUUCAGCGAAAUUGAGACUUCUAGUUCAGCAUGACAUAAAUACUCUCAGGGGCCAGGAAAAACAUGGCCUUCAACCUGCUCUUCUAGUACAUUGGGCAAAAUGCCUUCAGAGAACAGGCAACAGUCUUAAUUCUUUUUAUGACCAGCGAGAAUACAUAGGCAGAAGUGUUCAUUAUUGGAAAAAGGUUCUGCAGUUGUUAAAGACAAUAAAAAAGAAGAACAGUAUUCCUGAGCCUAUUGACCCUCUGUUUAAACAUUUUCAUAGUGCAGACAUUCAGACAUCUGAAAUUGGAGAAUAUGAAGAAGAAGCACAUAUAACAUUUGCUAUUUUGGAUGCAGUUAAUGGAAAUAUAGAAGAUGCUAUGACUGCUUUUGAAUCUAUAAAAAAUGUUGUUUCUUAUUGGAAUCUUGCACUGAUUUUUCACAGAAAAGCAGAAGACAUUGAAAAUGAUGCCCUUUCUCCUGAAGAACAAGAAGAAUGCAAAAAUUAUCUGAGAAAGACCAGGGACUACCUAAUAAAGAUAUUAGAUGACAGUGAUUCAGAUCUUUCAGUAUCCAAGAAAUUGCCCGUUCCCCUGGAGUCUGUAAAGGAGAUGCUUAAUUCAGUCAUGCAGGAACUAGAGGACUAUAGUGAAGGAGGACCUCUUUAUAAAAAUGGUUCUUUGCGAAAUGCAGAUUUAGAAACAAAACAUUCUACACCAUCUCCCACUAAGUAUUCUCUAUCACCAAGCAAAAGUUACAAAUAUUCUCCCAAAACACCACCUCGAUGGGCAGAAGAUCAAAAUUCUUUACUUAAAAUGAUCUGCCAACAGGUAGAAGCCAUUAAGAAAGAAAUGCAGGAGUUGAAACUAAAUAACUCAGGGUCCCCUCAUCGUUGGCCUACAGAAAAUUAUGGACCAGAUUCAGUGCCUGAUGGAUAUCAGGGAUCACAGAGUUUUCAUGGAGCUCCACUAACAGUUGCAACUACGGGCCAUUCAGGAUAUUACAGUCAGUCACCAGCAUAUAAUUCCCAGUAUCUUCUCAGACCAGCAGCUAAUGUUACUCCCACAAAGGGUCCUCCAGUUUAUGGCAUGAAUAGGCUUCCACCUCAGCAGCAUAUUUAUGCAUAUUCACAACAGAUGCACACACCACCAGUGCAAAGUUCAUCUGCUUGUAUGUUUUCUCAAGAGAUGUAUGGGCCUCCACUACGUUUUGAAUCUCCUGCAACAGGAAUUCUAUCACCCAGGGGUGAUGAUUACUUUAAUUACAAUGUUCAACAGGCAAGCACAAAUCCUCCUUUGCCAGAACCAGGUUAUUUUACAAAACCCCCAGUUGUACCUCAUUCUUCAAGAUCUACAGAAUCUAAAGUUAUGGAAUUUGGAAAAACUAAUUUUGUUCCGCCUGUGCCAGCUGAAGGAAUAAGACCAUCCCUGACAGCAUCUUCAUCUGCAACACAGCCAAUUCCUUUUAAAUUUAACUCAAAUUUUAAAUCAAAUGAUGGUGAUUUUACAUUUUCCUCACCACAGGUUGUAACUCAACCCUCUUCUACAAGUUACAGCAAUAGUGAAAGCCUUUUAGGUCUUCUGACUUCAGAUAAACCUUUGCAAGGAGAUGCCUUUAAUGGCCCAAAAAGUGGUCACACCAUUGGACCUCGAAAUACAUUUAACUUUGGAAGCAAAAGUGUGUCUGGCAUGUCAUUUUCUGAAAACAUGGGUUCAGAUCAGAAAAAGAACUCUGGCUUCUGUCGAAGUGAGGAUAUAUUUACUUUCCAUGACCCGGGGAAAUCAGUAUUUGGAACACCUUCAGACUUGGCCAACAAGAGUCAUGAAACUGAUGGAGGAAGUGUGCAUGGUGAUGAUGAUGAUGAUGGUCCUCAUUUUGAGCCCGUGGUCCCACUUCCUGAUAAAAUUGAAGUAAAAACUGGUGAAGAAGAUGAAGAAGAAUUCUUUUGCAAUCGUGCAAAAUUGUUUCGUUUUGAUGGAGAAUCUAAAGAAUGGAAAGAACGUGGUAUUGGCAAUGUAAAAAUACUAAGGCAUAAAACAUCUGGUAAAAUUCGCCUUCUAAUGAGACGGGAGCAAGUAUUGAAGAUUUGUGCAAAUCAUUACAUCAGUCCAGAUAUGAGACUUACUCCAAAUGCUGGAUCAGACAGAUCUUUUGUGUGGCAUGCUCUUGAUUAUGCAGAUGAGUCGCCCAAACCAGAACAACUUGCUAUUAGAUUCAAAACUCCCGAAGAAGCAACACUUUUUAAGUGCAAAUUUGAAGAGGCCCAGUGCAUUUUAAAAGCUCCAGGAGCAAGUAUAUCCACAACAAAAAAUCAGGCUGUAAGAAUUGUAAAAGAAGCUACAAGUCAUGGCAACAAGGAUAGUUCCAGAUCUGAUGCAGGAAAUGUAAAUUUUGAAUUUCAGGUUGUGAAGAAAGAAGGGCCUUGUUGGCAUUGUAACAGCUGCUCAUUCAAGAAUGCUGCAACUGCUAAGAAAUGUGUAUCAUGUCAGAAUGUAAACGUAAGCAGUAAAGAACUUCUUGACUCUUCAUUAGUUGAGACCGUUCCAACUCUGAAAACAGGCUCAGAAAAUAAUCCAGACAGAUUUGCUGCGAUAAUUCCAAAGAAAGAAAGUAACUGGGAUGGUGAGAAUACAAGAUCUAACAAAAGUGAAACUUCAUUCAUUCACCAAGCUUCUUUUAAAUUUGGCCAGGGAGAUGUUACUAAGUCUGUUAAUAGUGAUUUCAGAUCUGUAUUUUCAAUAAAGGAAGGACAGUGGGAUUGCAGUGAAUGCUUGGUACGAAAUGAAAAAACUGCUACAAAAUGUGUUGCCUGCCAGAAUGAAAGAAAACAGAAUUUACAUCCUACUACUUCACCUGCUGCUUUUAAGUUUGGUACUUCAGAGGUUAGUAAAACUCAAAAGACUGGAUUUGAAGACAUGUUUGCUAAGAAGGAAGGACAGUGGGACUGCAGUGAAUGCUUGGUGCGAAAUGAAGGAACCUCUACAAAAUGUGUUGCCUGCCAGAAUGAAAGAAAACAGAAUUUACAUCCUACUACUUCACCUGCUUUUAAGUUUGGUACUUCAGAGGUUAGUAAAACUCAAAAGACUGGAUUUGAAGACAUGUUUGCUAAGAAGGAAGGACAGUGGGACUGCAGUGAAUGCUUGGUGCGAAAUGAAGGAACCUCUACAAAAUGUGUUGCCUGUCAGAAUGAAAGAAAACAGAAUUUACAUACUACUACUACUGCUCCUCCUUCAGCACCUACUUUUAAGUUUGGUACUUCAGAGGCUAAUAAAACUCAAAAGGCUGGAUUUGAAGACAUGUUUGCUAAGAAGGAAGGACAGUGGGAUUGCAGUGAAUGUUUGGUGCGAAAUGAAGCAAAUGCUGUAAAAUGUGUUGCUUGUCAGACUCCAGGUAAAUCGAGUCUGUCUUCUGCUGUUCCAGCACCUGCCUUAUUUAAAUUUAGUACUUCAGAAACAAGUAAGGCAACAAAGAGUGGAUUUGAAGGAGUAUUCAGUAAGAAGGAAGGUCAGUGGGAUUGCAGUGUUUGCUUGUUACAAAAUGAAGCAAGUGCUACCAAAUGUGUUGCUUGUGAGACUCCAAAUAAACAGAAUCACCCUACUUCUAUUCUGCCACCUGCUACUUCAGAUAAAAUCAAGACUUCCAAGAGUGGAUUUGAAGGAAUGUUUACCAAGAAGGAAGGGAAGUGGAACUGUAAUGAUUGCUUUGUACAAAAUGAGAGUUCAUCCUUAAAAUGUGCCGCUUGUAAUGCUUCUAAACCAACUCAAAAACCGGUUGCAGAAACUCCUUCAGCUUUCACAUUGGGCUCAAAAAUGAAGUUGAAUGAGUCUUCUGGAAGUCAGUUGGGAACAGAAUUUAAAACAAAUCUUUCUGAAAAAUCAUUUAAAUUUGGCAAUACGGAACAAGAAUUUAAAUUUGGACUUGUGGAUCAAGAAAGUACACCUUCAUUUACAUUUCAGGGUUCUACAGAUUCUAAGUCAGCAAAAGAAGGGUUUAAUUUUUCUUUUCCUGUAUCUGCUGAUGGACUUAAAUUUGGCAUUCAGGAACUUGGAAAUCAAGUGAAAAAGAGUGAAAAGCCCCUGGAAAAUGACACUGGUUUUCAGGCUCAGGAUGGUAGUGGUCAGAAGAAUGGCAGUGGUGGUUUUCUCAGUCAAACUGGUAGCUCCUUUACCUUUGCAGAUCUUGCAAAAUCAACUUCAAGUGAAGGAUUUCAGUUUGGCAAAAAAGACCCUAAUUUCAAAGGCUUUUCUGGUGCUGGAGAAAAGUUAUUCUCAUCACAAAAUGCUAAAGUGAUGGAUAAAGCUGACACUUCUGCUGACUUGGAGAAAGAUGAUGAAACCUAUAAGACUGAAGACAGUGAUGAUAUUCAUUUUGAACCAGUGGUCCAGAUGCCUGAAAAAGUAGAACUUGUUACAGGAGAAGAAGAUGAAAAAGUUCUUUAUUCACAGCGGGUAAAACUGUUUCGAUUUGAUGCUGAGAUAAGUCAGUGGAAAGAAAGAGGUUUGGGGAACUUAAAAAUCCUCAAAAAUGAAGUGAAUGGCAAAUUAAGAAUGUUGAUGCGAAGAGAACAAGUACUAAAAGUUUGUGCCAAUCAUUGGAUAACAACCACAAUGAACCUGAAGCCUCUCUCAGGAUCAGAUCGAGCCUGGAUGUGGUUAGCUAGUGAUUUUUCCGAUGGUGAUGCCAAAUUAGAGCAGCUGGCAGCAAAAUUUAAAACACCAGAGCUGGCUGAAGAAUUCAAGCAGAAAUUUGAGGAAUGCCAGAGACUUCUGUUAGAUAUACCACUUCAGACUCCUCAUAAACUUGUAGAUACUGGCAGAGCUGCUAAGCUCAUACAGAGAGCUGAAGAAAUGAAGAGUGGUCUGAAGGAUUUUAAAACAUUUUUGACAAAUGAUCAAACAAAAGUCAAUAAUGAAGAAAGUAAGAGUUUAAUUGUGGGUGCUGCUAGUGCUUUAGAUACACCCACCAAGUCCAAUCCUGAAAACACAGGACCCACAUUAGAGUGGGAUAAUUACGAUUUAAGAGAAGAAGCUUUAGAUGACAGUGUAAGUUGUAGCUCAGUACGUGCUUCACCAUUGGCAAGCAGCCCUGUGAGAAAAAAUCUAUUCCGUUUUGGUGAGUCAACGGCAGGAUUUAACUUCAGUUUUAAGUCUGCUUUGAGUCCAUCUAAAUCUCCCUCCAAAUUAAAUCAGAGUGGAACCUCUGUUGGCACUGAUGAAGAGUCAGAUGUUACUCAAGAGGAAGAGAGAGAUGGACAGUACUUUGAACCCGUUGUACCUUUACCUGACUUAGUUGAAGUGUCCAGUGGUGAGGAAAAUGAACAAGUUGUUUUUAGUCACAGAGCAAAACUGUAUAGAUAUGAUAAAGAAGUUGGUCAGUGGAAAGAAAGGGGCAUUGGUGAUAUUAAAAUUUUACAGAAUUAUGAAAAUAAGCAAGUUCGCAUAGUGAUGAGAAGGGACCAGGUACUGAAACUUUGUGCCAAUCACAGAAUAACUCCAGACAUGACAUUGCAAAAUAUGAAAGGGACAGAAAGAGUAUGGGUGUGGACUGCUUGUGAUUUUGCAGAUGGAGAAAGAAAAGUAGAACAGUUAGCUGUUCGUUUUAAACUGCAGGAUGUUGCAGAUACAUUUAAGAAGAUAUUUGAUGAAGCAAAAGUAGCCCAAGAUAAAGAUUCUUUGAUAACACCUCAUGCAUCACAUUUGGUUACUCCCAGAGAGUCGCCAUGUGGCAAAAUAGCUGUUGCUGUAUUAGAAGAAACCACAAGAGAAAGGACAGAUUUGAUUCAGAAUGAUGAUAUAGCUGAUGUGACCUCAAAAAUUGGAGAAGUCUCUAGCCCAUCUGAAACAACAAAAGCAGUGGUUUCUCCUCCAAAGUUUGUCUUUGGUUCAGAAUCUGUUAAAACCAUUUUUAGUAGUGAAAAAUCAAAACCUUUUGCAUUUGGCAACAGUUCAACUACUGGAUCUUUGUUUGGAUUUAGUUUUAGUGCACCUUUAAAAAAUGACAAUAUUAAAACUUGUUCAGCCCAGAGUGGAUCUGAAAAAAAAUUGGAACUGAGUGAUUGUGAAAAGUCAAAAAGCUCUGACAUCAAAGACGCUUCAGCUGUCAAUAUAAAAAAUUUCUUUGCCAUUCCGAAGGAAGAUGCCUCAACAAAUCACCCAAAUAAAAUACAACAGAAAGCAAAAGAGAAAGAAAAGCCUGAAGAUCUUCUGUCAGAUGUUGGUGAUGAUGAUGUUCUCAUUAUAUAUGAAUUAACCCCGACCCCUGAGCAAAAAGUUCUUGCAAGCAAACUUAAACUUCCUCCAACAUUUUUCUGCUAUAAGAAUAGACAAGAUUAUGUUAGUGAAGAAGAGGACGAUGAUGAAGAUUUUGAAACAGCUGUCAAGAAACUAAAUGGAAAAUUAUAUCUAGAUGACUCAGAAAAAGGUAGACCCUUAGAAGAAAAUCUUGCAGAUAAUGAAAAAGAAUGUGUUAUAGUUUGGGAAAAGAAACCAACAAUGGAAGAGAAGGCAAAAGCAGAUACCUUAAAGCUUCCACCUACGUUUUUUUGUGGAGUCUGCAGUGAUACUGAUGAGGACAAUGGAAAUGGGGAAGACUUUCAAUCAGAGCUGCAAAAAGUUCAGGAAGCUCAAAAGUCCCAGAAUGAGGAAAAAACUAGUAUGGUUGAUAGUAUGUGCAUUGGUGGAAAUAAACUGUCUAUACCAGUUUUACGUAAAUCUGAAGAACCUGAUUUUAAUACCAAUACUGGCAACUCACUACUUAUUUCUUCUUCAACCGUGGAUAAACCUGUAGAUUUGUCUACUAAAAAGGAAAAUGAUACAGAUUCUACAAUGGAAAACAAAGUCAUUUCAUUUGGAUUUGGAAAUAGCACAGGGCUGUCAUUUGCAGAUUUGGCUUCCAGUAAUUCUGGGGAAUUUGCUUUCAUUUCUAAAGAUGAAAAUUUCCAGUGGGCUAAUACAGGAGCAACUGUAUUUGGAACGCAGACAACUACUACAGUUGGUGAAAAUGAAGAUGGUAGUGAUGAAGAAGUAGUUCAUAAUGAAGAUAUCCAUUUUGAACCAAUAGUAUCAUUACCAGAGGUAGAAGUAAAAUCUGGAGAAGAAGACGAAGAAAUUUUAUUUAAAGAGCGAGCCAAACUCUAUAGAUGGGAUCGAGAUGUAAGUCAGUGGAAAGAACGUGGUGUUGGAGAUAUUAAGAUUCUUUGGCACAUGAUGAAGAAUUAUUACCGAAUCCUAAUGAGAAGAGAUCAGGUCUUUAAAGUUUGUGCAAACCAUGUUAUUACCAAAACAAUGGAAUUAAAGCCCUUAAAUGUUUCAAACAAUGCUUUAGUUUGGACUGCUUCAGAUUAUGCUGAUGGAGAAGCAAAGGUGGAACAACUUGCAGUGAGAUUUAAAACUAAAGAAAUGGCAGAUUGUUUUAAGAAAAAAUUUGAAGAAUGUCAGCAGAAUUUAUUGAAACAAGGACAGGUAUCUCUGACAGCAGAGUUAUCGAAGGAGACAAAUCCUGUGGUGUUUUUUGAUGUUUGUGCAGAUGAUGAACCUUUAGGGCGUAUAACCAUGGAAUUAUUUUCAAACAUUGUUCCUCAAACUGCUGAAAACUUCAGAGCUCUUUGCACUGGAGAGAAGGGCUUUGGUUUCAAGAACUCCAUUUUUCACAGAGUAGUGCCAGAUUUUGUUUGUCAAGGGGGAGACAUCACCAAGCAUGAUGGAACAGGAGGACGAUCCAUUUAUGGAGAAAAAUUUGAAGAUGAAAAUUUUAAUGUGAAACAUACUGGUCCUGGAUUACUAUCAAUGGCUAAUAAAGGCCGGGAUACAAAUAAUUCUCAAUUUUUUAUAACACUGAAAAAAGCUGAACAUUUGGACUUUAAGCAUGUAGUGUUUGGAUUUGUAAAAGACGGCAUGGAUACUGUGAAAAAGAUUGAAUCAUUUGGUUCUCCUGAUGGGUCUGUUAGUCAAAGAAUUAGUAUCACAGAGUGUGGACAAAUAUAAAAAUCAUUGUUUUUCUUAGUAAAUUUUGCCUUUUAUGAACAGUUGAAGUUUAGCUGUUAAGACAGUAUGGGUAAUUAUGUUCAGUUUUUGAAAAUGGACAUUUCCAAUGUAUAAAUGUAACAUUGCAGCUUAUAGCUGUUGUCUCUUUUUAUUGUGUUAUAUUUGACUUGCAUGGUGUGAAAUAAAAGUUUAAACACUGGUGUAUUUCAGGUGUACUUGUGUUUGUGUACUCCUGACAUAUCUGUAUUAAAAUUAAAUAAUACUAAUCUUGUUAAAAGCAAUAGUCUCAAACUAUUGAAGGAAUAUGAUAUAUGCAAUUUAAUUUUAUUUCUUUUAGCAUACUGAAUUUCUUGCAUGGACAUGCUUAGUGUUUUGAAAAAGGGACCACAGUUUGGAUAAUUAUACUUUAGAUUUGAAAUAUAUUUGGUAAUUUUAACUAUUGAUGUGCUUAUUUUAUGAAUACUCAUUUAUGAUUGAAUAAGCCACAUAGGAUAGAGACUUAACCAAAGUGCUCUUCUAUAAUCCUUGCACCUCCUGUAUAGUUAAAUUAACUUUUAAGCAGAGUAUCUUCUAUUCUUAAAAUAUGUAGCUUCCUGUGUCUUUUCAAAGGUAUUACAUUUUUUACAUUUUAGGCAAGUUGAGGAUUAGAUUUUUUUAAAAAAAAUUCUCUGUCAUGUUUCUACUACCUCAAAAUGCAACUGGUUCUGAUAGAACUUGAAAUUUCCCUUGCAGUGAUUGUGAUAAAGUAUGAAUAUUUUAAAGUCUAUGCCAUGUUCUUUGGUGAAAGAUUUGCUUUAAUACUAGAUUGUUGCAGUAACUUUUUUUCUGGUGAAUUUUAUAGCAAAAAUAAAAUGAUUGUUAAUAGCUAUGACAUUUAAAAAAUAUUGCUUGUACAUCUAAUUAUUUGUUCAUUCUAGAACUGGACAUAAAAGUAAGGACAAUUAAAGUUCUGUAAACUCAAAAUGCCUCAUAAUUUCCAGAACUCCUAAGGAAGUAUUUCAAGUUUGAGUAAUUUGGAAAAGCUAAUGGUAAAAAGGCCAAGCUAAAAAUGUGAGCCUUUUUGUUAAUAGUUCCAUUGACUCUAGUCAUGACUAGAGUAUAAAAUUUGUUAUAUUCUAAUUAAGAUUUGCCUUGUUUCUGUUCUCUUCCCAGUGAAAUCGCCUAAUUUUAUUUAGUCACAGGGAGUGAGGUUUAUUCUAUUGACCAGUUCAAUAAUAAAGAAAUCAGAUAUGUUUGUUUGAGCAAUGAAUGAAUGAUUAAAUGCAUGACCAAGUGGAUUACUAAAUCUACUUGGUCAGAGGCAAGCAAGAUAACUUUAAAUAAACCUACGCCUGUGUAAGCGUCGAACUAUCUGAACCUUAUGGAGAACCAAGGAUUUUAAAUAUAUUCACAUUUAAUAAUAAUAAUAAUAUUAGUAAUAGUGAUUGUUUUAUUGGUGAGACUGGGAAGAUUCAGGGCACAUGUUUUGCAUAUGGAUGCCCAGGAGCCUUGGCACAGUGUAUGGUCCCCUGAGCACUGCUGGCAGUGAACCACAUGCAAUGCUAACUGACUCAAAAAUUACGGUAUCAGUUUCUUUGGAACCUCUAACUCUUAAGUUGAUGUAAAGUAUUUGUAAUUUUUCAGCUUGAUCCCUUUGUCAAAACUCCAGAAUAAAAUUGAAGAAAAUGCAAGUGCAAUUUACGGAGUUUUAAAAAAGUUCAAUGUAGUGCUGAUUUCUGUUAUCUUAAAAAGGAAAUUAAAAGUUAGCUUUAAGAUUAGCACUUGGAAUUUUUUUGAUUAAAUAAUAUGCAAAUCAACAUUUCCAGUAAACAUUGCAGUUAAAGACUAUGUAGUUUUUGAGGUAAGGGGCACACUAUGCAGUGCUUAGGGCUUACUCCUGGCUCUGUCCUCAGGUAUUGUACCUGACAUAGCUUGGGGGACCAUAUGGGAUACUGGGGAUCCAACCUGGGUCAGCCUCAUGCAAGGCAAGAGCCUUACCAGCUGUUCUAUCUCUGGCUCUGUGGAUUUUUUGUUGUUGUUGAUUAUGUUAUUUAUGACCAAAAUGAUGUGUAUUUUUAAGAAACUGGUUUUUAAGUCUCAUUAAAAACUGCUUAUAGAUAGAAUAUGAAGAAAUUAUUUGUACAUCUUUAAUACUGUAUUUUAAAAAGUUUUUGGUUUUAAUAUAAUUCAGAUAACCAUUAAAACAUUGACCUUAAAA